CAAGUUAGACUUCACCCUUACAGUAAUACUGCUGCUAUGGCGCCACUAAAUCUCAACGCAUCACCAAAAGGAAAAUUCUUGUUUCAUACCUCGCCUAUAAAGUCACAGAAGCAAAUCUUUGGAAAUUUCCUCAAUGAUGAUCAGUCUGUACAUCAAGUUAACCUUAACUUUGAUCAAAGUGAUCGCUCAAAAGGUAUCGCAUCCAUUGUUUUUGUGAGGAAAAAUGACGCUGUACAGUCCGUUGAAACUUAGGAAUAUUAAGUCCAUGAAAUGAAGAUUGAAAUUGUUGUCGUCGGCUUGAAUUACAAUAAAAAUUUGAGCCAUAUCUUAAAGGUGUUUCUGAUGAUAAAACCUAUAAAAUUGGAAAAAAAGAAACGUUAAAUUCAAUUCUGAAACCCUAAAAACAGUAUAUCG